AAUCUCCCGCGUCUAUGAUUAGAUUUGACUUCCCCCAUGACCAGUUGACCACCAAUCCUCCCGCCUUUACUUCCGAACGCUCCUCUUUGAAAACCAACACUCUUGAUGGAAUUAAUCACCGUUACGUCUCGAGAUCAUUUUUCACGACCUCACUGCCCGAUUUAAACGCCAUUCGACCUGGGCCUGACAAGCAAGGAAAGGAGAAGUACCUGGGUCCGGUCUGGUUGUUGCGCGGCCGCAAUUAAUCCGAGAAACGCACACGAGCACUCACGAUCCUCUACGUAUCCUUGCGAGCGCCUGUAAUGCUGCCGCGCGCGGGCUGCUACUCCUCCACCCCCGCUGGUUCAUGAGGACGAACGCCUGCCAUGGCAAACUACGAGCGCAUGGAGGCUGAUUUCAACAGUCAGGACGAUCAGCCAGAUGUGGUGCGGUUGUUACGAAUGGAGGGACAACCACGAAACGAAAGCAUCUUCGCGGAACCCAAGAUCACGGCCGAUUUCCUGAGUGCCGACCACUCGUCAUGUCUGCACACGCGACCUAUCGCCAAAUCCGAUAUGAACAUCCCAUCAGCACCUUCAGCCCCCCUAACGGAGCGGCCCAUUGGGUCUGCGUUUAUGAGUCCUAUGCGACCCAAGAGCACGCCAUUCCCAUACCCAAAUAGCGAACGAGGGUCCCGGAGCGAAUAUGACCUCGAAACCUCCUUUACACAGCGCUCGACACCUAGCCGGGAGAUGGAGAGCGACGACAUGGAGUCUCUGGGUACAAGCAGCGAGCGGGAAGCGAACAACGCGAAAUUACGACUGGGCGAUCUGCCUUUGGAGAUGCUGGAGGCGAUCCUGGACCACAUCUUUGGAUUCCGCGUGUCGGCCACAUCCCUGAGCGGCAAGGCCAUGCUGGGGUCUAACAACUCCCAGUGGAGCACGGCCAUGCGGUACUCGAGGCGGAGGGAGCUUACGGUGCUGUCGUGCGUCAACAAGACCUGGAAGGUGCUGAUCCAGCAGCGCCUCUACCGGCACAUCAAGCUCAAGGGCACAUUGGACUCCUUGGAGGAGGCGCAGAUGCAUCUGGCCUGCCAUCCGACGCUGCGCGGCUAUGUUCAUCACGUUGAGAUCUGGUAUCCGGUCUUUUGUCCAACGCCAGCUACGCAUCCACGACUGGGCCGGUCGCAUCAUGCGCCCGAUGCCGCCGAAGCGAGGUGCCCCCGCCCGAGCAAUAACACAAAGUGCACGUUGGAGGAGACGUUUAGAUUUGUGCAGAUCACUCUGCCGAAGGCACGGAUCUUCACCCUCGAGGGCGGCGAACGACGGAAAGCACCCAAGAUUGUCACCUUUCGCGGCAGGCACAGGUCGGAACUGCCCGUUCUCGAAAGCAUCCACACCCUGAUCACCAAGGGACAGUGGAACCUGGCGCGCGAAGACGCCGACUUUGUCACCCUGCUGCAGUCCAUGCCCAAUCUUGCGCAGUGGCAUGCGUCGUACAGCCGGGGCAAGAGCAAGUCGUACAUCUCCAUGGCGCGGAUACUUCCUCACCUCGAGGUCAUGGCACCGGCGCUGAACGAGAUACGGCUGUCUAUCGAGGGAGACGGGCGGCGGGAGACGCACAGCCCGGUAUUCUACCGCAAGGUGGCCCAGCAGACGAACGUGUGCUGCUCGCUCGCCCGCGCGGCCGUGAACAUGGAGCGUUUCACGUACUCUGGUCGACUUUGCCAUCACCUAUUCGAUGGCCUGGCACGAUUAUCCGACCCGCGGGUGUCCAAGCUGAGGUCGAUUGACAUCACGGUCAAGAACUGCUGCCGGUCGCUUCUGGAGAUUGACAAGCACGAGUCAGCUUCGGGGAUUAUGGACCUGGAGUUUAUCAGGAGAUUCGAAUCGUUGACCAUGGCGGCGAUCAAGUCCCUGGCAGUAUUGAAGCAGGUCACGCAUCUGAGGAUACGCUUCAUUGACUUGGACGCGCCGCUCCCACAGCUGAACCCUUUCUUCUCGUACCAAGGCAACGUGGUCAUGGGCGUAUGGUCGCCCGACAUCAUUGCCGAGAUGGAGCGUGUGCGACCCAUGGCGCAGUGGCAGGAGAUCAACGACACCUUUGGGACCAUCGAGUACGGUAAGGACGGCAAGAUGAUUCUCAGACCGGAGACGCCGGGGACCAAGACCCGCUCGCUGCCGCUGUCGCAGUACAGGAGGCUCACCGCUGGGUCGCACCGGAUGACCAUCACCUAGUGCUUCUGUGCGGAUCUGUCGAAAGACAGACCGAGUGUUAUGAAAUGAAUGAAAAUUUCCAACUUGCAAUGGGCGUCAGGGUUUGGUCGUAGCAUGGGAAACUUCUGGCAAGGGAGGCACUAGUAAUCUUGGGACAACAUUAGGGGCGCUCACUCACUAUAACAAAGGGGGGGCCAGGAGACAUGAC